CAUAUAUAUAUGCAUCCGUAACAUCAUCGAAUCAAUAAGCUCCGUCGCAAAGGGAAACUUUUUCACAUUGUAGACUAAUUAUGCAUAUCAUCGUCGUUAUCUGCGCCAAAAUGGUGCGCGUCACUGCGAGGUGAUAACUGCACUCAGCGGCAGUGAGGGGAGGUCUUUAGUCGCUUAUCUCGUGGUUAUCGGGAAGUCGUCGUAAAGGUUGAAGCUUAUUGUCUUUCAGUUUGCAACGCGACCGACUAAACUGCGCUCGGGACUGCCUGAACAACACCACUCGGAGUUCCUCACGUCCUUCGGUACGACGCGUCGGGCGAUCGUUGCGAACAGCAUCGAAAGUGGUUUUAAACGUAUCGAUCGGCGUACGAGUAUCUCUUAUCGCUCGCAGGCGGCCGGUUCGCCAGUUUGCGCGCGUUGUGCAACCCGCAAGAAUUUUGAUGCGUCAACCACUUGGAUUUCUCAUCGGCUGCUCGUACCUUGUUCCGACGGGACGAAUCGAGCGUCGGCAGAAGCGUCUGGUUAAACGAUGGGUUGACACGAGUUCAGACACUUCCGUUUGCGCUCAGGUGUCCCCCUUACGCAACGUUCGCGCGACGUAGAACAAUGUGAACACCUUGCGUCGCACGAUAACGCCAUGCUUGACGAAUCGGUAGGCUCGGCGCACGAAAAUUCGAUCGCACCGUCGACUCGUUUCGGCCCCAAUGUAAUCGCGUCCUAAAAAUGUAUCCGUGUCAAGAAGAUACGGACGAGGUGUGAAAAGCGGCGCUUCGUUACGUCUAUCACAGCUCGAAGAUCGUUUAUCGCCGCAAAUAAGUGGUACACACUUGCGAUAAGCCGGUAGAUCAAUAACGACCGCGAGGAAGGAAAAUCCGUCUCUCCGACUGGUCUCGUAUCCAGGAUGUUUUUUCCGACCUCGUUGGUACGUACACCGCCUCGCUGACAAUUAAUACCCGCCCGGCGGAUUAUCGAUAAUGUAAUUCGACACGAUCAUAUUGCGCUCCUGAUCGACGGCGAUUAUCAGCGCUCGCUCGCCCGAUCGCUAUCGACGUCUUGGACUCUUUGUUUAAAUGCCGCGCAUUAUUAGGCGCCGCUACGGAGAGCCGCAGAGCGGCGUAACGUCGAGAGAGUAAAGCCAGACGGGUCCUGAAACACACGAGCACGCGUUUCGUCCUAGACGGGGUAAAUUCGCGCGGCUGGGAAGGUAUAUUACCUAUAAUGCGAAUUAUUCAGGAUGCGGAUUGCUCCGGCCGCAUGCUGGCUACUAUCCUGGUCGCGUGGGUCACGACGGCGAUGAUAGCCUCGAUAUUGCUGCAGUGGGAGCACAUGUGGAUCGUUCUGGUAAUAUUGACGCUACUCUUCUUUCUGGUUUGCGGGUACACCGUCUACACCGUGAAGAGAACCCACGCGAGGAUCCUGCUCGAGCAGCAGAGAGCGGCGAUCCGGACCAUCUCGGACAUCACUGCAAAUCGCAGACAGACGGGACCGCUGACGUUCGCGAUACGGUCGACUCCAGAUUUACCGCCGUCUUACGCGUCCGUGAUGACCGUUCAAGGAACGUCGGCACCUCCUCGAGUACCCGCCGAGUCACACGAGGACAAAUUCGAGGAUCCUCCGCCGUAUUCCAUCGUGAUCGCUUCUAUAAAUAUGCAAGAGCGAAACGCGGAAGUCUCGAGUGAACAGCACGUGCCACGCGCCGGGCCCGCGAAGAAAAACGACACCGUCGCUUCUGCCACUUCCGGCCUCGCCUCCGCGACCCCGCAUCCAACAUGAUUUGCAGCUAAUUAAUUUGCUCCCACAGAAGACGCAGACGGAGACUGAAAAGUGCCAAAUCAUCCGAAAGAUGUGCAAACGAGUGGAUGCUGAUCGCUCACGAUUGGAAUCUUUCGUCCGUGAAAGCGAUUGUUAUCUUCAAGAUAUCAUCAACGAGAAGAGCUCCGGCGGAGGAAAGUGACUGACCAGAAUUCGCAUGCUCGACCAAAAACGCUAAACGAAGUUUAUCGUCAACGAAAGAGUCACGGCGUCUGUUUCGUUAUAACAAUUUUUAGAUUCUUGUAAUCACGGUAAUUUCCUCGCAAUACAAAAAAAUCUUUAAUUUCCAUUUCCCUUCUCAUGUUCGCCCUUGGCAAGCGGAUUUUCUACAGCGUUUUAUGCAUUUGUAAUUUUUAUAGCAAUCGCCAAAGUAAAGACUGAGACCGAGUUGUAGCAACAGUUGAUCCUUUUUCAGUAUUGCUCGUAAUAUCCCAGCGAGAAAUGGCUCGUCGAUUGAUGUCGAGACGAUAUCGACACCGUCAAAUUGAUGUCGAAUUUGGCAGUGUCGAAUCGACAUCGUUUUGACGAAUUAUUUUU